UAUUUUUUAUAUUAUUCAUUUUUUCAAAAGAACAUUAAAAUAAUGAUUGCUGAUAGUAAGAAACAAAAUGGUACUUCUGUCUAUAAGAAACAUCAUCAACGCGGAACAUUAAUUGAUAUUCGCGGUCCUCUAAAGAAAUCUGGAGCUGGUAAUGGUAAUUGGGGUGUUGUAGGAGAUGAAAUUAAUACUAUGGAAUAUAAUUAUAUGAUAACAGGUACAAAAAAUGUACAAUCUUCUCACAUCAAGGUUAUUACACCUGAGGAAUUCCUGAAAAUGAGGAACUCUUUUAGCGCACAACCAAAACCAAUUAUUGAAUCAUCAUAUUAAAUUUAUUUCUUAAAUAAUUACAGAUAUUCUUUUUUUUUGUUUCUUUUUCUUUUAAAUAAUUAUAUUUCUUUUAAUGUAUUUUUUUUUUUAGAAUACUUCCAAAUA